AAUUUGCCCAGGGGGCGGUUAAAAGUCAACCACAUUGCUAUGGGUCUGGAGUCACAUGUACAGCCACCUGAAAUUUUGGGAACUGACCUUCAGGAGCAGGUCCUUCCUCUAUAAACAGGUGAGGAGAAUGACAGGGGCUCUGGUAGCAGUGGGGCAGGGCAAGCUAAUGCCCCGACAUAUUGCUGAUCUGCUCGAGAUGCAGGAUUCCAGGGCUUAUCCACCAAAUAUUAUAGCCCCACCUGAUGGCCUGUUUUUGAAGAAUGUGGAAUACAACACAAAGGAUCUUGAAGUGGAAGAAAGCGUAAUUCAGUGAUUGUGGAUGGGUCUGUGGGUUUGGUACAGUAUCUUGGAACAGACUUUAGGCUCCAAAGCAGCUGAGAAAUGGGGGAAAAAAAGACUUGCAUUUAAAUUGCAUUUUUCACAAUCUCCAGAAGUCUUGAACUGCUUUACAGCUAAGUAUUUUUGAAGUGCGGCCACCGUUGUAAUGUUGGAAAUGUGGCAGCUAAUUUGUGCUCAGCCUUGCCCCACAAACAGCAAUGUGAUAAUGGCCAAAUAAUCUGUACUUUUGUGGUGUUGAUUGAGGGAAAAAUAUUGGCUAUGUCACCAGGAAGAACUUCCUUCUCAGCUGCUAUUGGAUCUUUCACAUCGAUCUAAGAGAUUGAAUUGGACGUCAGUUUAAUGUCACUUCUAACAGAUGACACGUUUGAUUAUGCAGCACACCCUCAGUACUGUAAUUUUCGAUAUUUUGUUAAAGCUCUGGAGUGACACUUGAACGCAAGGUGACAGUAACCAAUGGAGCCAGACCUGACACUCAAAAAUGACAAUUAUUGACAAGAAGAAUUGGGUUAAUGGUGUAAAGACUUGUGUAUAUUGUGUCAACAAUCCCAAAUAUGUUACAAACUGUGUAGAAACAACAUGUUGGAUAAAGACCAUUUUUUAUUAAAUAUGGAGACUGCCAAUCAAAA